AUGCAAGCACAGAAGAUGAGGUGUGCUUGGGGCAGGCUUUGCCUGAUGCUUUCCCUGCUCCUCCAGCUGCCGGGCUCCCAGGCCAAAUGCUACUUCCAGGCUAAAGCUCCCUGUGAGUACGAAGGGAAACAGUUCUCCCUUGGGGAAUCGUGGCUGAGCACCAACUGCCUGCUCUGCACCUGCCUGCACCCCAUUGGCGUGGGCUGCUGUGAGACCACCCAGCACCCCAUCGACUUCCCUGACUGGUGCGAGGCUCACUACGACUCACAGACCUGCCAGAUCUCGGUAGUGCAGAAGGCCAACCCCAGCCUGCCGUGCGUGAAGAGCGUGGAGCACGAGUGGGGCUCGGCCAGCACCCCCGAGCCGCUGGUGAACAAGCUGCUGGGUGCGGGGCUGAGCAGAUAG